UAUCCUGUACCCAUGAGACAUAUAUACCAUGUGUGGAUGACCAAUGCAUCAUACUCGUUCGAAAAUGGCGAAGGUAGCUACUGUGUUCGUCUUUAUGGUGCUCCUAGCUGUUAUUGUUGAAGGCAGAGACUGGAGAUUCGACACCAAACGAGUGAAGAGAGGCUACAAUCCUAGUGGAUACGGCAACCACAAUGGAGGUUCUUAUGGAAGCAAUGAUGAUCAGAACGACAGCUACAGCAGGGAGCGGCUUGGGUGCAGUGAGGAGCUUGGAGGCGGCAGCUAUGGAUCUGGUAGCCACGAACUGUCUUACAACAAAGAUGGACGCACGAAAGACAAUCGACGUCAUCGCUCCUUCUCCAAAGCGUCCGCCUCCGCGUCCGCCACUGCUACCUCCUUCAACGAGAACCACAAGACAAACCUUUGAAAU